AUGUCCAGAGAUGCCCCUUUGAAAGCGGAGAAAGACUAUACCGAAAUUCUGCAAGAAGAGCUGCCCAAGAUCGAGAUCUUGGCCAAAAAUGACGUGCAAGGCGCCGUCGACCAAUUGCUGGUCUUAGAGAAGAAAACGCGCCAGGCUUCGGAUUUGACGUCUUCUAAGAAAGUGCUCGCUGAGCUGGUGGAUUUACUGGCUUCAAAUAGCCAAUGGGAAUUGUUAAAUGAGCAGCUAGCGUUGUUGGCCAAGAAACAUGGCCAAUUGAAACUAUCAGUGCAAUUUAUGAUUCAGCGUAUCAUGGAGAAACUAGAAGGCGUAACGGACAGGGACACCAAGGUCGGCAUUAUCGAAGCCAUUCGUGCCGUUACUGAAAACAAGAUUUUCGUCGAAGUCGAGAGAGCACGUAUAACGCGGAUUUAUUCCCAGAUAUGCAGAUCCGAAGGUAAUAUAGACGAAGCCACAGAUCUUCUCUGCUCUUUGCAAGUGGAGACGUUUGGUUCCAUGGACAUGCACGAGAAAAUAGGUUUCAUUCUUGAACAAAUGGAGCUCAGUAUUCUUAAGGGCGAUUUUUCACAGGCAACUGUUCUUUCACGAAAGAUCCUAAGGAGAACGUUCAAAAACGACAAGUAUGAAGAAUUGAAGCUCGAGUACUUCAAUCUUCUGAUCAAAAUCGGUUUGCACAAAUCGGAUUAUUUGCAGGUGGCCCAAUAUUAUCAGGAAAUAUACAAUACUGAGUCAAUCCGGGCAGAUGAUACGAAAUGGAAGUAUGCAUUGACUCAUGUGGUGAUGUUCUUGGUAUUGACGCCAUACGACAAUCUCCAAAAUGACCUCAUCCACAAGAUCCAACUGGACAACAACCUGAAAAAACUAGAGAAACCCGAGUCGUUUGUCAAACUGUUCACCACCGCUGAGUUGAUGAGAUGGCCUAUUGUUAAAGAGAGUUACGAAGCGUUUUUGAACGCGGAUGACGUCGCCUUCGGCUCCAACACCGUGCACUGGGAGGAUCUUCGCAAGAGAGUUAUCGAGCACAACCUGAGGGUUAUUUCCAAAUACUACACCCGCAUCAACUUGUCGAGGCUGAACGAGCUUCUGGAUCUCACGGAAUCCGAAACGGAAAGGUUCGUUAGCGAUCUGGUAAACCAGGGGAUUAUAUACGCAAAGAUCAACAGACCUGCCAAGAUUGUAAAUUUCGGCAAGCCUAAAAACUCGAGCUCUUUGCUUAACGAAUGGUCAUCCAACGUCGACCAGCUGCUGGAACAGAUCGAGACCAUCGGUCACCUUAUCACCAAGGAGGAGAUCAUGCACGGAUUGAAAGCCAACUAA